GAGGCCAGCAUGUGAGCAGAGGGACACAGAGCCUCCGGCCUGGGAGCAGGUCCAGCUGGAUGGCCUGGAGCCAGCUGCAGACACGGGGGCACCUUGGGCCUCAUGGGGAACUGCAGGCCCCUCCAAGCCUGCCACGGAGCCCCCAGAACACCCGGAGCCUACCACCAGGGCCCUACAACACCUGGAGCUUUCCAUGGCGGCCCCAGGACACCCAGAACCUGCCAUGGAGGCCCCAGAACACCCAGAGCCUGCUAUCGAGGCCCUAGAACACCCAGAGCCUUCUACGGAGGCCUCAGAACACCCGGAGCCUUCCAUGGAGGCCCAGAACACUUGGAGCCUGCCACCAAGACCCUAGAACUCCUGGAGCUUUCCAUGGAGGGCCCAGGACACCCGGAACCUGCCAUGGAGGCCUCAGAACACCCAGAGCCUGCUAUCGAGGCCCUAGAACACCCAGAGCCUUCCACGGAGGCCUCAGAACACCCGGAGCCUUCCAUGGAGGCCCCAGAACACUUGGAGCCUGCCACCAAGACCCUAGAACUCCUGGAGCUUUCCAUGGAGGCCCCAGGACACCCAGAACCUGCCAUGGAGGCCCCAGAACACCCAGAGCCUGCUAUCGAGGCCCUAGAAUGCCCAGAGCCUUCCAUGGAGGCCCCAGAACAUCCAGAACCUGCCACGGAGGCCUCAGAACACCCGGAGCCUGCCACCGAAGCCCUAGAAUGCCUGGAGCUUUCCAUGGAAGCCCCAGAAUACCCAGAACCUGCCAUGGCGACCCCAGAACACCCGGAGCCUGCCACCAACACCCUAGAACUCCUGGAGCUUUCCAUGGAGGCCCCAAGAUACCCAGAACCUGCCACGGAGGCCCCAGAACACCCGGAGCCUUCCACUGAGGCCCUAGAACGCCUGGAGCUUUCCAUGGAGGUUCCAGAACACCCAGAACCCGCCAUGGAGGCCCCAGAAUGCCCAGAGCCUGCUACCAAGGCCCUAGAAUGCCUGGAGCCUUCUAUGGAGGCCCCAGAACAUCCAGAACCUGCCAUGGCAGCCCCAGAACACCUGGAGCCUGCCACUGAGGCCCUAGAAUGCCUGGAGCUUUCCAUGGAGGCCCCAAGACACCCAGAACCUGCCACGGAGGCCCCAGAAUGCCCAAAGCUUGCCACUGAGGCCCUGGAAUGCCUAGAGCUUUCCAUGGAGGCCCCAGGACAUCCGGAAUCUGCCACGGAGGUCCCAGAAUGCCCAGAGCCUGCCACCGAGGCCCUAGAAUGCCUGGAGCUUUCCAUGGAGGCCCCAAGACACCCAGAAUCUGCCACGGAGGCCCCAGAAUGCCUAAAGCCUGCCACGGAGGCCCUAGAAUGCCUGGAGCUUUCCAUGGAAGCCCCAGGACACCCAGAACCUGCCAUGGAGGCCCCAGAAUGCACAGAGCCUGUCACUGAGGUCCUAGAAUGCCUGGAGCCUUCCACGGAGGCCUCAGAACAUCCAGAACUUGCCAAAGAGGCCCCAGAAUGCCCGGAGCCUGCCACCAAGGCCCUAGAACAUCCAGAGCCUUCCGUGGAGGCCCUAGAACACCCGGAGCCUGCCACUGAGGCCCUAGAACACCUGGAGCCUUCCAUGGAGGCCCCAGAACAUCUAGAACCUGCCACAGAGACCUCAGAAUGCCCAGAGCCUGCCACCAAGGCCCCAGAAUACCUGGAGCCCACCAUCAAGGCCCUAGAAUGCCUGGAGCCUUCCAUGGAGGCCCCAGGACACCUAGAACCUGCCACGGAGGCCCCAGAAUGCCCAGAGCCUCCCACCGAGGCCCUAGAACAUCCAGAGCCUUCCAUGGAGGCCCCACAACAUCCAGAACCUGCUACCAAGCUCCAAGAACAUCCAGAACCUGCCGCGGAGGUCCCAGAAUGCCUGGAGCCUGCCACUGAGGCCCUAGAACAUCCAGAGCCUUCCAUGGAGGCCCCACAACAUCCAGAACCUGCUACCAAGCUCCAAGAACAUCCAGAACCUGCCGCGGAGGUCCCAGAAUGCCCGGAGCCUGCCACUGAGGCCCUAGAACAUCCAGAGCCUUCCAUGGAGGCCCCAGAACAUCCAGAACCUGCUACCAAGGCCCUAGAACAUCCAGAGCUUUCCAUGGAGGCCCAGAACAUCCAGAACCUGCUACCAAGGCCCUAGAACAUCCAGAGCCUUCCAUGGAGGCCCCAGAACAUCCAGAACCUGCUACCAAGGCCCUAGAACAUCCAGAGCUUUCCAUGGAGGCCCCAGAACAUGCAGAACCUGCUACCAAGGCCCUAGAACAUCCAGAGCUUUCCAUGGAGGCCCCAGAACAUCCAGAACCUGCUACCAAGGCCCUAGAACGUGCAGAACCUUCCAUGGAGGCCCCAGAACAUCCAGAACCUGACACGGAGGCCCCAGAAUGCCCGGAGCCUGCCACCAAGACCCUAGAAUGCCUGGAGCCUUCCAUGGAGGCCCCAGGACACUCAGAACCUGCCAUAGAGGCCCCAGAAUGCCUGGAGCCUAUCACCAAGACCCUAGAACGUCCAGAGCCUUCCAUGGAGGCCCCAGAACAUCUAGAACCUGUUAUGGAGGCCCCAGAACACCCGGAGCCUGCCACAGAGGCCCCAGAACACCCGGAGCCUGCCACCGAGGCUCUAGAACAUCCAGAGCCUUCCACGGAGGCACCAGAAUAUCCAGAAUCUGCCAUGGAAGCCCCAGAACAUUCGGACCCUGCCAUGGAAGCUCCAGAACAUCCAGAACCUGCCACAGAGGCUCCAGAAUGCCUAGGGCCUGCCACAGAGGCUCCAGAAUGCCUAGAGCCUGCCACGGAGGCCCCAGAACAUCCAGAACCUGCCACGGAGGCCCCAGAACAGCUAGCGUCAGCCCCAGAGGUCCCGGAGUGCCCAGGGGCUGCGGCGGAAGCCCGGGACCCACCGAAGGCUGCCUCUGCCCGGGAGGAAGCAGCGGAGGGUCCCCCGGCGCCCGAGCAGGGAAGCCGUCCCGGUGCCCGUGUGCGCGCUGGAGCCCGAGCUGAGCCCCGCUCGGCCCCGGGGGAGGCCCCAGGGGGUGAGAGUCCAGGGGCGCGCGG